GCUGUGAACGGCGCAGUUAUGAAUGGCAUGAUGUGAAGAUUUAUGUUAAAUUUGUGCGUGCACACAAACAGCGUUUAUAAGAGGAAACAAAGUACAUCCACAUCUCAAUGCAAAACGGCUGUUUUCAUUUUGGAUUUUUAGGAAACCAUGAGCGCCUGUUUUGGGUAUUAACCCAUACUUUGUUUUGCUUUGCUGAAGGGAUGGGACGCUGCACCCAAAGGGACAAGUGAAAAGAAGUAGUUCAGCCACGAGGGCUCCGAUGACCAUUCUUGCGCCAAUUAACUGCCUAUAGCCCUUUAACGAGACACUGAUAGCCGAUGAUAGGGUCGUAUUGCCUUUCAGGUGCUUUUAUGCGCAGCCGCUGCACGCUGUGGAACAACAGAAAGCAUAACAGGAUUUGGUUACAGGAUGGUGGCGGAGAUGGCGAGCUGCGGAGCGGCUUGUCACCUGGAGGACGGAGACGGAGAUAUCCCUGCACCUGGAAACAAAGGGAAGCGGCCUAGCCAGGGUGAAGAGGGAUGUCUGCUGGCUCAGAUGAGGCAGCAGCAGCAGCAGAGAAAGAGAUUGGCCAUAGGAGGCAUAUGAGGACAAGGAGAGAGAAAUGGAAAAGGGAGAGUGCAGAGAGAGGUGAUGCAGACAGAUCGAGCGGAGUAGAAGAGAGAGAUUGAUGAGGCAGGUGCUGCAAGUGGAGCAGCGAUAUGGCAGCAUAUGCUUGUUAGUCUAAGAUAAAACUCUGUGGGCCAGAGAGGAUGGGCUCCAUCCAUUAGGCGGCCAGGCACUCAGCCAGAUGGCCCAGUCCAUGGACAUUCACUGCUGCUGGGAAGAAAGCAGCAGCAGCAGCAGCAGCGCCUCUGGACCAAUCUGUAUAAAUGUGCCAGAAUGAUAACCUGACAGAAAGUGACAGCAGCAGUUCAGAGAACACAGGAACGUCCACUGAGGACAGCUCAGAGGAGGAAGAGGAGGAUGAGGAUUCUGAAGGCUGUGCUGAGAAGGACGGAGGAGAGGAAGACGAUGAAGAGGCCCAUGCAGAGGGUUCUAACAAUGAUUCAGUCCCUGGACCUGUAGUAGAGGUUUCAAAUGGGAAAGAUGAAAGGCCCUUCAAAUUAUGCUGUGAAAAAUGCAAAGCUAUCCAGCAGAGCCAUGGCACUGAGCUUGUUACCCCCAGUAGGAUCUCUAAGGGGCGAUUCCAGGUGCAGCUGGAAGGAGAGGGCACAUACGAGUGUUCGGUCACCGGCCUGGUGUUUGAAGCAUCGGAGCGGGUCCUCGUGCGGUACUCGGUCUUGUCCUGGUCCAAGUUUGGCGCAUUCCUCCGGGACUCCUGGAAAUUUGCUGGACCAAUCUUUAACGUGGACACAGUCCAUAAGGACGCGUCUGUCCUCACAUCCAUCCAGUUCCCUCACUCAGUCUGCCUUGCCGAUCCAGAAAAGGAGAUGACAUUCAGUGUCCUGCACAUAAAGGACAACCGUCCACUCAUCGAGCCGACAGUGGACCACUCAGGUAGCCACGUUAAGUGGAAUGUGACGUCCCUGUCACCCGUGGGUCCCAUCAUUCAGACGAGCCAAUCUGUAGAGCGCCAUGGGGUGGUCCUGGUCUACAAGCAGCUGGGCAGUGACAACAACAACUACAGCUUCCACGUCUACUUGGCCACCAACAGUGCAUCCGACAUCAAGGAUAUAGGCAAGCAGGUGCGGUGCUACAAAAAUCGCUACAAAAAGAUAGAGAAGCCUCCCACAUGUAAACUGGAUGAGGGGAUGUAUCGACUCCUGAGCGAGCCAGAGGGAGAGAUCAAACCUCAGGAUUUGAAAUUCACUCUUGCGGUGACUAAGAUGAAAGGCUACUUCGAAGCGUUCUUUGAGCAGCCUCCUCCCUUUAAACUGUCUCUCAUAGAGAUUAACACUGAGGAGACUGUAUGGUCCGCCACCAUCAGAGAAGGGGACUGUGUGGAUAACACUGAAAAGAAGCCAAGGAAAAGGACGAGCAGCAGACAGAGGAGCAGCAGCCCCUCAGAAGAAGAAACAACCUGUAAAAGGCCUCGAUGGCAGGAUGAGUCAGAUGGAGUGAAAACAGUGAUGACUCAGGGCCAGGACAUGUCAGAGAAGCAGCUGCUGCAGGUGGCCAAGCGGCUGGGGAAGGAGUGGAAGCAGGUGGCCAUCUUUCUAGACUUGACAUCCAGGGAGCUGGAUGACAUCCAGGCAACAGAGAAAGAUGUGACCAUGCAGAAGCUGAAGAUGCUGGUGGAGUGGAAGAGCAGAAGGCGGCCGGGAGAGGCCACGGCAAACCAACUGUGGAAAAGUGUGAGGGAACUGGAUGACUUGCCAAACGAGGUCCAUCAGACACUGCAAGACAUGAUGGACAAUCGAGCAGCUAAGUGAAAGAGAUUGGACUUAAAUGGACUGUUGGAUAUUUGCUGCUCCAUCAUCAGAAAGCAAAAGAAAAUCUCAGGAAUACAGCAAAGCAGAGUUGACCAAUGGACCAAACGUCAGCUCUUCGUCCAAUUUGUGCAUCUCUUUUGAAUAUUUUCUGGACGUGAAAGUGAAUUAUGGAUGAACUAUGAAUGGGCAUUUUCCCUGAUUUUUGUUCUAAUGUAGUCUCUUGGUUCUGUAAUGAAUACAGAAUGGACAAGCUGUACACAAGGCUUCCUUUGUGCAGCAAGAAUUUGAUGCUUAGCAUUACCAGGUUAAAUAAAUGACCAGUAGAGGUGUAGCGGUCAUUGAGAUAUAUAGUAGCUAAUUAUGUAGCCAGUAACAUAUGUAAAUGUACUGUAGGUGCUGCAGUGUUGAAACUGCAAAAAUGGGAAAAAUCCAACCUGUGUAACUUGUUUCACUUUUAAAUGUUAUGCUUUUGGGACUUUUAUGAAACAAUUAGGGAUUACAUCACAUGCAUGUGACUGUCCAAAGCAUCACAGACUGAAGUACGUUUGUGUCUCAUACAUUUUUUUAUACAUAUUUUUUUUUAACCAACUAUUUCAAACCUGUGAUCUAUUUUUUUAAGUCUGUUUUUGUAUAUUUAUAUCUGUUUGUGUUUUAUUUGACAGCUCUGAACCUGUAAAGCUAAAUGGAGUUACAAGAGGUCCUGAAUUAUGUUUAUCUUGUUUAACUUGAAUUAUGAAUCCAUUCCUGCCCACCUGUGACUGGAGCACACAUCUUAUUAAGUAUAAAUGUUGUUUGUGUGUAUUAUAAAAGUGUACACUGUGAGGGAAAAAAGAAUCACAAACAUUUGGAUUCAGAGCUGAACUAAACUAUUCUACUUGUGAGUGCAGCUGCAGCCUGGCAACAUUCAUAUAUUUUUUUAGGAGUCAUCUUUUCAAAGCUUAUUUCAUAGCUGUAGGGCUUAGAACACAAAAAAACAAACUAUACUGUAAUCAGCCUGUGGAUUUUCUAAACAUCCCGAUGUGAUUCACAGAUUUGUUUCUGUUUUGCCUAUAUUCAAAUGACGCUGUUUCCAGACCUCUCAACAAUAUUUGGGGAAAAAGCUGCAGAAAUGGCACCUGGAUUGUUGAAUCUUUUUAGGGUCUUCCAUGCCGAUAUGAUGCAGUAAUGUUUACAUUCAGACAACAAGCUGGUUUCCUUAAACAACCUACCAAUAACAUUCCAGUCCGUCCUUUUUUGCACUUGUUUUUCUAUCAUGUCUGAGUUCCUCCAGAAAAUUGUGGUGUAAUUGUAUCAAAGCAUAUGUUGACUGAAUAAAACCAGAAAAAGUUUCUAUUUA